GUUUACAAGUGCUGAGACUGCAGUAUCAGUAUACAUGACGUGUGUUUAAGCAACGUUGUAGUUAUUUAGUUAGUUGUUUCUGCCGGCUUUAAAUUAACUUCUUUUUUGAUAAAUACAGCUGUGACUGUGCACAAAUAAAGCGUGAUCGCGUAAUUGAAUAGGUACGUAAAAGAAUGUAAGAAAACGUUUCAGCAAAUAUAAAGUUAAGGCACAAUAUCGCUCGAACAAAAACAACCUACAACGAAAAGUAAUAAAAUAGCAUGGGAUAUACAGCAAAUAAACUAAAUCAUCUAUUAUAAACAACUUAUACGAAAUUAAUCAAAGAUCAAUGUAUUUAAUGGAAGGAAUUAAACAUGUACGAAGUAAGAAAAAAGGUUUUAUGGUUUGCUGUCCUAACACGAAUCUCAAUUCUUAUACUACAAGUGAUUUUCAACGUACUGUGCCCAGAUCAUAACGCUAACGCCUUUCGUACACCUGCGGAUCCAACUGAGAAACACACACUUCUAGACAAUAUUGUAACAUUUUUAUUAGGAGGACUGACGAGAUGGGAUGCACAAUACUUCAUCCAUAUAGCAAAAUAUGGUUACACAUACGAAAACACUCUUGCUUUUUUUCCACUUUUUCCAAUGUUAAUUGAAUAUAUGGCCAGAGUGUUUAGAAUACAGCCACCAAUACUUAAUUAUAGUAACAUCAUUGUGAUAUGCGGCGUUAUAAUUAACUUUGUGUGUUUUGUUAAAGCAGCCUUAGUUCUUUACGAUCUUAGCCUAGUAGUAUUUAAAAAUACCAAAGUAGCUUAUCGUGCUGCUAUACUUUUUUGUGUGAAUCCAGCGAGCAUAUUUUUUACUGCUCUUUAUACCGAAUCUUUGUUUGCUUAUCUGACUUUUUAUAGUAUGCUUGAAAGCAUCAACAAUAAUCCUUGUGUUUUUUUGCCACUGAGUCUUUCCAGUUUAGUUAGAUCAAAUGGAUUAGUUAAUCUUGGUUUUCCAGUUUAUUUUUGGCUAAGAAAUUUAGUGGUAAUCGUUUUACCAAAUUACAUAUUAGAGAAUAAGCAUUUUCACAGCAGUACUAGAUCAUUGCUCUUCAAUUCUCGACACGUUUUUAUAAGUUUAUUUCAAAUUAUUUUUAUAAUCAUUUUGUCUUUAUUACCGUUUGGUUACUCACAAGUUUAUAAUUACAUUAAGUUUUGUAAGCCUGAAUCAAAUGAAUCAUGGAUUCCAUACCAUGUAAAAAAUUAUGCAAUAGAUAAUAACUUGUUGCUGCCAGGACAACAUGAUUUUGCAUGGUGUAACUCUAAAUUACCAAUUGCAUAUUCUCACAUUCAAAAUAAGUAUUGGAACGUAGGUUUUCUAAGAUAUUAUGAAUUCAAACAGAUUCCUAAUUUUCUUCUUGCUGUACCUGUAAUAUGCAUUAUCUUGAAGUGCUGCAUCGAAUUUUUUAAAGAGCACAGAUCGAAAUUUCUCACUUUGGAAUUUUUCAGUGGAAUAUCAAGACCAUCUGACAAUAUAAAGCGAUAUCCAUUAGAAAUGUUCGUUUUUGUAGUGCAUGCCUUAUUUUUAACGACUUUUUGCAUUUUCUUUGUACAUAUUCAAGUAAGUACGCGCCUCUUAUGUUCAGCCAGUCCUGUUUUGUUUUGGUACUGUGCCUUAACAACUUUGGAGGAUACUAAAAUGUCAAAAAAAGUCACAGAAAUCGAAUAUGAUAGUCCAGAAAAUAUGUGUUCUCGAUGGAAAGUAUUUUUCAUUACGGAACAGAAUUAUUCUUAUCGAGAAACAUUGAUUUAUAGAUAUUUUUUAAGCUACUUUGUAAUAGGUUGCUUUAUGUAUGCUAAUUUUUUGCCUUGGACUUAAUUGUAUUCGACAAUGUACUGAAACAUUCUUUUAAUUUUAAAGCAAAGCGACGUGUGAGUUGUAAUUGUUAAUAUUUAUUUGAAAAACUACGUUCAUUACUUGUAAAUAACCUCGUUAUGUCAAUUUGAAAAAUACAUUUAUUUCAAUAAUA